CGGCAAGGCAAGGCAAGAGAGAGAGACAGGCAUCGCAUCGAUCGCAUCAGACACACACACGCACACGGACACACACACAGCUGAUCAUGGUCAGACCAUCCAUACACACGCCGCGUCACGCCACCGGCACGACAAAUGUCAACUCACACCACACCCUCACACCCUCACACCCACUCCUCACGCCGAGAGACAGAGCUAUCACAUUCCUCCUUCCUCCUCACCUCACCCCACCACGUAGUGGCCUGGCCUCGAUUCACCUUCCUCGGGAACGGUGAACGCAAGCGAGCCUGCCUGCCUGCCUGCCUCGAAUGAAUGAGUAAGUAUGCAAGUAUUGUAUGUAUGGAUGGCACCACAACACACAAUGGUUUACAUAAGUGAGGGCGAGCACUGAAAGACUCCAUAUACCCGACAGACAGACAGCCACCCAGCCACCGAGAGAAGUGUCGAAAAAGCCAGCGGGAGGAGGGAGGGAGGGAGGGAGAGAGAGGGGAGGAUAUCGACAGCAUGUCAGCCAGUCAGAAUGGGUAGAAACCGAUUCAGGGUCACCAGGCGAGAGGGAGAGGGAGAGGAAAAGUCCGUGUGCAAAAAUGAGAGCCAGUGGAGGAGCAAGACACGAGACCAGAUAGGUAGGGUCCAUUGUCUCCAUUCAUUCACGUUCGUUCGUAUGAUGGAUGUACGCCACUGCUAUUAUGAUACAUGUGACACAACUCUGACAGACACGCACAGCCGCCCCGCCCCGCCCGCCUCUCAAGGACGAGACGAGACGGGGCGGGACAAGACCUGGCCUGUGUGUGUGCAAAACCGACCUGACCUUCCCCGCUCGCCCUGUCCCGACACAGUCCAUGCGGCCCGGCGGGUGGGCAAUACGAGGCGGACCAGGACGACCCGACCAGACGAGACAGACACCAUUCAAAUAAAGCAGUGUGUAUGCAGACGAAGGAAAAAACUGUCAACUCGACCCCCAGCUGCAUCCAUCCCUCUCCUCUCCUCUCUCCCGAAACACCCUCCAUCCAUCCAUCCGCUCGCCGUUGUCGACUCAAUCAUUCAGUCAAGCCAACCUUAUUGAGGUGCGUGCCGUCACACUGCGAUGCGAUGCUAGCUGUCCCCCUCCCGCAUCGCCCCCGCCACCUCCUUCCUCCCACCCACACCAGAAGUACCAGCACCGCUGCCCCAGGCCGUCGAGUUGGUGUGCGCGUCACCGGCCGGCACGGCAUGGACACUGGCGUUUGGGGAGCUUUCGUCAGGAAAUGCGCACCACGCAGGCCCUCCUUCGGCUGCUCCUGCCGUCAUGACGACUUGCUCCUGUGUCCAUGGCCCCCUCAUCCACGACGACUCAGUGCUGCUGCCGCCAUCUGCAGCGGGCGCCGCGUCAUGCCUCGGCGACUCGAACGUCGCCCACCCUGUGACAGCGACGGGCGCAGACGCAUUGUCGCUUGGGGGCUCUGCAAAGGGAUCGGCGAGUGCCUGGCCGUUGGUGGCUGCCUGUGGCGGCAGCGAUGGCCGUAUGGGGGAGGGAGAGGGAGAGGGCAUGUAGGGGGCGGCCUGCGGCUGGAGCGGCGGGGAGGACGGCGGCUGCUCGUGUGCGUUGCCCGCCACCCCCGGGUCGGGGCUGAUGGCCGCCUCGCCCUCGCUGGAGGAGCUGUCGUCGUCAUCAUCGUCAUCGUCGUCUUCUUCCCCCUCGCCCAUGUCGUCCUCCUGCGCCCUCUUGCCACCCCCACCGCUGUACGGGUCUCCCAGGCUCAUGGGCUGCAUCACCGACCGGUCUUUUGGGGGCGUCGCUGCAGGCAGGCCGGGGCUGUCCGUGUCGGGCUCUCGCAGGAUGGUGGCGCUCACGCGGGACCUCUGGUCACCUGCCGCAGCAGCGGCGUCGUGCGCCGUGUCCUCCUGGAAGCUGGCGAAGGGGUCGGAACCAUCGCGGUUCGACGGACCAAGGUCAAAAUCCUCAUCACUGACCAAGCACAUAGAACAAACACAUCAGUGCGACACCUUCAUAUACUUGUGUGGAUGUGCCUCAAGGCCUUGACUCACUCUUCGUGCCAGUCGAAGGGCUCUGGGCUCCUUGCCAUAGCUGUGGGUGCGGGUGCGGUGGCCGCGGCGCUGCUGCUCCAGGUGGGCCUCUGGCCGCCCAGCCAGGUCAUGUUGUCCUCUCCACUGCUGCCCGGCCGAUCCACCCGCCGCACACCGGCGUGGUCGCCACCGAAAUGGGGAACAAACUCUGAGCCAAGAGCAGAAAAACAAUGCCCUCCUGGCCUUGGUGGGACCAUCGUUCUUUUUCUUUUGCCGACUGACCAUCAUCGGUGUCGAAUGGGUUAGAUUCGCUGUCCAUCGGCGCGGAUCUACUUGCAGUGCCCUCCACCGGCGACCUUUCAGGCGAGAAGGAGGCCGUCCAGCCCCCAUCCAUCACCUCCGCCGGUGGCGCAUCCGCCCACGCCGGCUUCGGGGGUGAAGCAGCCGGCUGCUGUGUCGCUCUUGGCGCGCCCGUGACCUCCUGCGGCGUGUGGGCUGGUGGUCGGCCCGAUGAUGUCGAUGGCGACGUCGCAGCAGCAGCGGCGGGUGCAGGUGCAGGUGGAGGGAGAAGACCAACGCCUUGGAGAAGACCAACGCCUGGUGGGGGAAGACCAACGGGUGGGGGGCCUAGCGGCUGGGGGCCAGAGGGAGGCGACCCAGGGCCACCCUGGAAGCACACACGCAGACACCCAUCAGGGUGCUGGUGUGUGGGUGUCUGGUGCAGCCGCCGCACCUGUCUGUGUAGUUCCUCUUGGGUGUUGAGGAUUUCCUCCACUUCGGGUUCGGCAACGGGCACGGCCUGGGGCACCGACGCCACCCAGCCUUCGUCACGCAUCGGGCCGCUCGCCGAGGAUGGCGGAGGGGGCGGUGCAGCGUUGGCCGCGUGGGGCAGGGGACCAGCCAGAUGGUUGCCCUGAGUGAGUGGGUGAGAUGGAACAGGCCAACAUGGAUGUAUAGGGAGAGACGUGGCAGCGCGUGUGUGUGCGUAUGGUUGCGUACUGGUGCGGUGAGUGUGGCGUAGUCUUUGAUGAUUUCACCGACGGGCCUCUCGUGCUUGAGUGUCUGCCAAUUCCAGCCCUCCGUCUCGUUGAGCAGCUCCUGGAUCUGAGGAAUGGACAGACAGAUACAAACGAUCCCAUCACACACACACCCAUUCACACAAGUGUAUGGGUACCGUCUGUCUGUCUGUCUGUCAGUCUUACCCAUGGCGUGUGUUGGGCGGCCAUGUGUAGGUGAUGGCCAAUGGUCAUGAUGUGCGAUAUGUAGCCCACCGUGUCGCCCUUCCGCCGCCAGCCCCGCUCGGGACGCGUGUGCCAACGCCUGGUGGAUUGGAUCAACGGACGGACAAUCACACGGAUAUUAGGUGUUUGGUUCGUAUCAGAGGUUGGCACAGGGUACCUACCUGAUGGCCUUGACGGUUUGCGAUAGGAAAGCUGAGUCCCUGAGGAGGGACUCGACCAGCUCGGGGUGCUUGUCGGCCAAACUGAUGGCCUCCAACGCAGCCGACCUGACACACCCACAGGCAGGCAGGCAGGCAGGCAGUCACUACUGUGUAUCUUCCUCCGUAUGGGUGUACAUGGCUUACUUGACGUCAUUGUGCAGCAGGUUGUUCCAUUCAAACUCGAAAAAGGCCGAAAUGCACAAAGGAAACACACCCUCAGACACAACCGCAGCCACCACCUCCUGCAAUGCAACAAACCACACACAUUCACACCAUACACGCCAUUGAUUGAAACCAACCAUUCUCUACGACAGAUACCCACCUCCUUUCUGGUCCGGAUGAGCGCGGUCCACAGGCUGACAAUCCCCAAAGCAGUGGAGCCCAGCGGCCGCUGCCCUCCCCCAGCCGGCAUGGGUAUCGCCUUGCCCCUGGCGGCCAGCAGCUCGCUCUCAAACAGCUCCCGCAUCCGGCGUAUCUGAGGACACACGGCCUCUGCCACGUAGUCAAUGGCCGAUGGCUGCGGGGGGGAGGCACCCUCUGGCUCGGGCGUGGCCGCCGGACGCUCGGGGGGCACCUCUUCUUGCUCUCGUUGUUGUUGUUGCUGCUGCUGCUGCUGGGUGGGGGCCUCCUCACUCUCUCUCUGCUGGCCAGUGGCGACAAUGGCGUUGGCUGUUUGUCGGAGGGUAUCGAGAGUGCCGUUGGCUACCGCAACCUCCUCCUCAGGGGCCGCCGCCACGACCGGCGGGGAGCCGUCGGUGGCGUCGUCUUGGGACGCCUUGACUACCGGCAUCGGCGGGGCCUCCUGCUCUUGCCUCGAGUCGUUUUCGGCAGCGUGGGUGGCCUCGGGCUCUUCAGUGAUGGGCGUGGGGGGAGGGGAGAGGGGAGUCUCGUCCUCGGUGGGCUGGGGGGGCUGGGCGUGGUCGUCGGUGCUGUCUGGCAGGACGAUGCGCACGCUGUCCUCCGGAGUGCCGUGGUGAAGGGCCUCCUCCUCUUCAUGCUGAUCUUGCUGGUCCUCCUCCUGCUCCUGCUGCUGCUGCUGAUCCUCCCCCUCCUGCCGCUGUAAUUGAUCAUCGCCAGCGGGUCUUUCCCUUGGAGGAGUCUGGAUGGCGGCGGUGGUGUGGUGGAUGAGGUCUGAUAAAAUCGACACGGCUUGCGACACCAAUAUCGGGUCCUGAGGCACACGAAGCCGUGCCGUGGAGAAGGUGUGCUGUCUGUCUGUCUGUGUGAGUGAGUGUGUGGUCUUCAUGUGUGUCGGGUCUGUACGUUUUGGAAGAGGCAGUCGACGAGGUGGUGUGUGCAUUCGGUGGACGUGAGCUGCUGCAUCAGGGCGGGCGCAUAGUACACCGACUCAUACUUCUGCAGGAACAUCCGGAUGAUCACCGCGACGUUCUCCGACACCUGAACCCCACCAAACAACACCGCCACCACCACCACCACCACCACCCAACACAUGAGUCAAUCACACACAUGACAUGAUGUGUCCCUCCCUGUCUGUCUGUCUGUCUGCGUACCUCUCCCACUCUGUCCUGGGGGUUGUCGUUUUCGGGUAUGAGUCUUUGUACGAUGCGCAUCAUGAGCGGGCUGCCGUGCCGGUCGGACGUGUCGAAGACGGCCUGCGGCUGCUCCUCCACACACAGGUACGUCACGAACAGAUCCGUGAUCGACCGGCUCCCCAGCUUGGCCAAGAAACCAUCCAAGAGAUCUUCCUUGCCACGGAGGUAGGACACCAGCUGAAUGAAUGAACGAGUGAACCAGGGAGGGACGGAGGGACGGAGGGAGGAGGGACACACAAGGCAAACGAUUGGUUGGUUGAUGGAUGGAUGGAUGGACAACAUUCGUGUGCUGUGCUGUGCUGUGUGGAGUGGGUGUGUCGGGUCACCUGGCUGGUCUCUGUUGGCUUCUGCGUGUUGAUGGAGGUCCGCAUGAACAGCGAAGUGCACACACGCGCAAAGUACCCCGCCAGCACGUGAUUCAGCUGCAGCCAUCCAUUCACCAUCACGACACACCACAUGUCAUGGAUCAGCAGAUAGAUACUUUGGUGUCUGUGUCUGUCUGUCUGUCUGUCUGUCGCUCACCGCGUUGGGUUGGUAGAGGAAGUCCCACAGAGCGUCCAGCACCGGACGGUUCUCAGGGUCGAGGAACGCCCUGACGACAUCACACAAGCGAUCGAUCAUCGGUAGGCAAUGCUACACAGGCCUGUGUGUGUCGGGUGCGCACUGUAGGAUGCGAUCAUUCUCCUGGCAGACCACUUCGGUCGCCAUGAAGGGGAACCUGACAGACAGACAGACACACAGACAGACGGACAGAGAGAGCAGUACAGUGAUGUGAAUGGUGGGUUGGUGGUGUGGAUGCGGUUGGCCAUCGGUCGCUCACUUGUGUCCCCUGUUCUUAUCAGCAUCAUCGGGCGGCACCACGACAAUGUACUCCACCAGCCUCUCCAGCGAAUCACGACGACACAAACUGAUGUAUGCAGGUCACACCACACAGACGCACAAGGCACAGACAGGCAGACACAAGACAAGACACACACCGUCGCGCAUUCACUUGGGUGUCCGUCGUGUUUGCUUCUGUCUGUCUGUCUGUCCUCAUGUGAUUGCUCACAAGUCGACGACUUUGGCGUUGUUGCUUUUGAUCUCCUGGAUGAGCUCGUCGAGGUCGAGCAGUUUGUCCAGGGUGCAGUCCGCCGCUUCCACUAUCUCGUCCACAUUCACGCUCGACGCCUCCGGGCCGCCAAAGGUGCUCCAGAACAAACCACCCAUUUGACCCAUGCCACCCUGGUUCGGCUCCAU